AUGUCGUUUCGACGUUACGCACGUGCAGCAUUUUGGUUAAGCAAGCAAGUAUUAUUUCGUUUGAACAAUCGAGCGCCAAGCCUUCUAAAAGCUAUUGCUGUUUACAAAAGUCAUCCGCAAAUGACCGCGAUUACAUUCGCCAGAAAGAUGCGUCUAAUCUUUCGUGGUGUCCGAACUCGAGCCAUCGUACGUCCGUUUUCGGUUCUCGAUCACAAUCGAUUAAGAUACAACGAACGAGCGCAUCGAAAUGCUCGUUUUCGAGCCUGGUUUAUCCUCUCAGACAGCAGCUCACCUGAAAAUAUUUUUGAACGAAUCAAGCAAUUAUUUCUCACAAACAUUCGAUACAAUCCAAAUUUAUCAGAUGACGAACUUCCUGCACGAUUGGACGCAUACGUUAUCGGUAGUAAUAUAGCUUGUGGAUGUCACGCAGCCGUUUAUGAGCUACGUUUAAGGAAUCGUAGCGAUUCACUCUCAAAUGAUAAAGAUAAUAGCAAAACAAUUGAAAUGGAAAAACAAUCCGAAAAUAACCCUUCGUAUAAUAAUGAUCCACUUGUUAUAUAUCCGUUAGCACUAAAAAUAAUGUUCAAUUAUCAAUUUGAUGCACCCGAACGAUUAUUAUGGAUCGAUAUGGGCCCAGAACUAAUACCGUUCAAAAAUGCGGACAAAAUUCUUGGAAAAUAUUUACCGAAAUUACGAAUACUACCAAAAAGUCAUCCAAAUGUUAUCAAGAUUUAUACAGCAUUCACGGAUCGAAUGCCGAUACUGAGUGAUGCACGCUCACUUUAUCCAGAAGCUUUACCAAACGCUAAUUUUUAUGAGUUAAUUAUUGAGGAACCCAAGACUUUAUUCAUUGUUAUGAAACGGUAUCGAAUGACAUUACGUGAGUAUGUACUGACGGUGAAACGUAAUCUCUGGAGUGCACGUGUUCUGUUUGCUCAAUUACUUGAAGCAAUCGUUUUCUUGUAUGAAAAUAUGAUCAGUCAUCGCGAUAUGAAAUCCGAUAAUAUACUUCUUGAUUUUGAUUCACCAGACACACAUUCAGUAGUUCAGAUCCGUAACGCACGUCCUGGUCCAAACCAGUACGUCAACUUCCGAAUGGCCGAUCUUUGGGCUGCCGCUACACUAGGUUAUGAAAUUUAUACCAGGUACAUACGCUUACGUAUAUGGAUUUGUUGCUGUAGUGCUCUUCUCUUUGUAUCUCUCUGCAUUAUCUGGACAAACCCAUUUUAUAGUCGUCUGAAGAGUUGUGCGUAUGCUGAGCAGGAUUUGCCUGAACUCCCAAAGCAACUUCCUUGCGCAAUCAAAACACUAAUCAAAGAAAUGUUAAGAUGUGAUCCAACAGAGCGACCGGAUCCACGAGUAGCAGCGAACGUUCUGUGUGUAUCGUUGUUUCGAUGCGGUGAUAACGAACUGCUGCAGCAAUCAUUGCUCAACGAAUCAACAAUGAUCAUGCCGAAAAGCGCUGAUUCGGAGAAUGAACGAAAAGAAACGAGCAAACUGUUGAGCUUAUUACGUGCAAGCUACGAAUCACGACUUGAUGACUUAGUCUUGUUGUAUACAGCCGAAACAAUUCUUGCUAAACGUCCCGUUGAAUCGGGUAAAAAAACGAUCAGUGCUGCGGAAUUACAAGUGAUGGGAACGCAGAAGUCGUAA